CGGGUCACAUUAGCAGACGGGAACACAUUUCUGCCGCGACACCUGCGCUUUCGCUUCGGUUUCUCGCUUCAGCAGGAAGUCGGAACACUCGUGUUUAGCUCCCCGGGGCCGCGCCGCCGCCGCAGUCCCGUCUCCCGUCCCUCCUCCUCCUGCACCAUGCCGGAGUACCUGGACGACCCGUCGGUGCUCACCAAGGACAAGCUGAAGAGCGAGCUGCUGGCCCACCACGUGGAGCUGCCCGCCGGCAACCCCACCAAGGACGUGUUCGUGCAGCUGUACCUCAAGAACCUGACGGCGCUGAACAAACACAAGCCCGCCCUAACUGCCGUCGCGCUGGACGCCUUCUCCAGCGACGAGGAGCUGCCGCCGCCCCCGGUGGUGGCGGCGGGCAGGAGCCGCUCCUCGGGCAGGAAAUCCACCAGGAAGACAGAGAAGGUCCAGCCCGACCCGGACGUGACGGCGUUCACUGACGAAGCUCUGAGGGAAGAGCUGCUGAAGCAGGGCGUGGACGUCGGCCCCAUCGUGGCCUCCACCCGUGGCCUCUACGAGAAGAAGCUGCAGAGGCUGCUGGACAGCGGUCCGGCAGCGCCGCCUCCCGCCGACGGCCCGGCCAACCACAACGGCAGCGCCGAGCCCGACGUCUACAGCGACAAGGAGGACGAAGUGACAUCAGUGCCAGAGCCGGAGCCAGUGACGGUACCAGAGCCAGAGCCAGAACCAGUUCCAGUGGUGGACAGACCCCUCAGGAGCAGAGCCAAGACCCCCGUCACCACCCGCACCCGCAGCAGCCAGCACCAAAAGGUGGAGAAGAUCACAGCCAGCGAGCCCACACCAAAGCCGGAGGAGAAGGACGUCCUGCAGGAGCUCUUCCCCAACGACGUGACGUCUCCAACGGGAUUCACCAUCACCUGUCGACGGCCCAUCCGCGGCGCGGCGGGCCGUCCCGUCAUCUACAGCGACCUGUGGAGCGCUGAGAACGGCCUGCUGUUCCCCAAGACCCCGGAGAGCAGCAGCUACUCGUCCACAGAGAGCCGCGCGGUGCACCGAGUGAGCAGCCAGCCGGCCCCACCGGCCCUGGCAGCGUCCCCCAUCAGCCCCUCCUCGCUGGCCUCCUCCCUGGCCACGGCGCGGCCGCUGGCUGCAGCGCCCCCCGCUGGCCAGAGCAGGGCGGCGCGGCGCGGCCUCUCCGUCUGGAUCAAGCUGUGCCUGCUGUGCGUGGUGGCCGUGUUCCUGUUCCUGGUGUAUCAGGCCAUGGAGACCAACUCCAUCGGCCCGUUCGCUGCCCAGGAGCCCGAGGCCGCCGCGGCCGGGGGGGCCACGGCAUAGAGGGACCCGGGGACCGGGCCCUCAGAGCCCACUUUUAAGUGUGAAUCAGCUUUGUAGCCUUCUUGUUACUCUUACCUCUGUUUUUGUUUUUAAAUCCUGUUUUUUUUAAUCCCUCAAUCAGCUUCCAGUGAAGAGAAGAGAAGCAACGUAGUCUUUUAUUUACUCGAGUAGAGUCAGAACUGUCUUCUGCUGGGCCACUAUGGACUUGAGACCACACACACACCUACACACACACACACACACACCCCCACACCUCCAGCUCCGUCUCCGGGGGCUCCACCCCUGCAGGACCACUCCACUCUUGUGUUUGGACCAUCUUUGUUAUCGACACAGGGAGGUUUGUUAUAAUCCAGGUGCUUUAAACUCACCGUAUUUUCUUAAUGUCUAAUUGUAAUAAAAAUAAAGUUCUGUCUAUUCUACUUAAUUAUGUAUUCACUGUCACAAAAACUGAAUAUCUACUCAAUAAAGUUGUUUGUUUAAAAAA